AUGUUGGCAGGUAAUAUAGCAGUAUUGGUUAUUGAACUAGCACUCAUAGGAGUGGUAGUAGUAUUUGGUAUGAAACAAUACAUAUCAUUUAGAAAGACACCAUUCUAUGCAUCUUCAACUGCAUGGCUUGGUUGGUUCCUUUGUUUCUCGAUUGUUUUCUUGGUACCUGUUGAUAUUUUAGCUACUGAUCAUAAUCAAUGUUUAGAAAAACAUGUAAAUCAAACAGGUGAUUUCUGUCACGAACCAAUUACAUAUGUACCAGAGAGUUUAAUGUUGGCUCAAUGGAAAGUAUUGUAUUGGGGUACAUUUAUAUUUUCAUGGGCAAUAUUUCCAGUACUUCAAACCUUUUCAGUGACUGGUGAUUUUAGAUUCCAAGAGAGAUUGUGGCGUGCAAUCAAAGACAAUAUCAUUCUUUAUAUCUUUAUGGGUAUCGCUGGUCUUAUUUUCGUAAUCGUAUUAUUUGCCCUCAAAAAUAUGACAUUGGAUGGUCUGAUAUCGUUGGUCAUGUCUCUGGCCAAUGCUUAUGGUCUGGUACUUGUUGUCAUUACAAUGGGCUUUGGUUUGGUCGAUCUUCCUCGUAAUCUAUUGCGUCAGUCUGACAAGUACAAGACACUCAGACACUAUCGUGUCGACGCCGUUGUCCUUAGAAAUGACUUGGAGCAAUCACAGUCUGCUCUCAACGAUCACCUUCGUUUGAUCAAAGCAACAUCUGAUGCUGCUGGUGAAUACGAUCCAUACAGACCCUAUCUCGAUAUUAUCAUCUCAAAAUGUCCAUUAGAGUUUGCAAUGAAUGACAAUACACCAUCGUCUGUUUCUGUCGAUUCUGAACUGUCCUAUGACAAGUUGGUAUCAAUGCAUUCAACUCUUAUGGAUCUGGUUCACCAAAAUCAAAGAGCAACCGUCAUGUACGAUCGUUUAUUGGGCAAGGGUUUCGCCACUGAAGAUAUCAUUGACACUAUCGAGGUGCCUGCCAAGACUAGAGAGAAAAAAAUUAAAUGGAGUUUUAAACAUUAUUCUAAAAAUCCAAACAAAGUUUUAUUUGAAUACUAUUGGAUAGUUUAUAUUCACCCAGCAUUAUAUAAAUUCUUGGGAGUUGUUUGCUCAAUCAUGUCAUUAUUAAUUGUAUGGAGUGAACUUUCAUUGGCAUUCAAAGGAGAGACUAAAAACUAUAGUCCCUUUGCUUUGGUCAUUAAUAAUUCAGGUGAUUCACUCAAUGGUAUUGGAUUACAGAUAUUCUGUUUUAUUCCUUUACUCUACAUGACCAUUUGUGCCUAUACUACAUUGUUUAAAUUUAGAAUAUUCAAUUACUAUAGAUUGGUACCUCAACAACAAACAAAUGCUAUGAGUAUUAUGUUUAGUGCAAAAUUGGCAGCUCCAUUAUCAUUCAAUUUUAUUCAAAUUUGUGCAUUGUCUGACGCAUCAUUCAAUGCUGUAAUGGGAGAGAUGGACGCAUUUUCGUUGGGCAAAAACUUUAUAUUCUUCUUUCCCAUAUUUGUUGCAGUCGUUUGCCUUGUAUCACUAUUCAAUGUUCACAAACGUGUUGCCAGUUGUUGUUGUAUUCCUCAACUGCGCAUUGUCACAGAUACUUCAGAUGCUGCCGUCGAAAAGGGUAUGAGAAUUCUCAAAGAAGAACGUGAAGCACGAACUGGUGACGGUGGUGUCCUUCCUCCAAAGCCUAGAGUCAUGAUUCUCAAGGAAUUUUUCACAGGCAAAAAGGAUAAAUCCAAAGAUACUUCACCAACAACAAAGGAUGGUGCAAAUUCUAACCAUGUCGCAAAUCCAUCGAGUUCAUUCUACAAACCAGAACCAAAAUCAACAAGAAUCAUUCAAGGUCUUUCAAGGGAUUAUAGUAGUAAAUCAGGAAAUACCUAUAAAUCAAGUGGAGCAAGUAGCACCAACAACAACAACAAUAUCAGUAUUAAUGGUGGCGGUGGAAAUAAUAAUAUAAUUUUAAAUAACGCAAAUACCUCAUCCUCUUCAAGUGGAAACGAUAGAAAGAGCUUACUAUCAAACUAUUGGGAUAAAUUAAACAAAAAUUCAAAACCAUUCUACGAAGACGAUGAUGACGACGAUUACGAUGUGGAAAUGGGAUCACUAAAAAAAUAG